CUCACUAUCUCUGUAUCAGAGUCUCACGCCCACUUCAAUGGAAGCGCAGGGUUUAAUGGCGGUGUUUAGGGUUUUGGCGCUCCCAAAGUAACGUCUCCCGUCCUCCGCAGUCCGUCCAUAGUCAAUGGACGUCAUUGAAGACGACGACUUCGGAGAACUGUACGCAGACGUCGAGCUCCAGGUGAGCUCCGCCAUCGGCGCCGCCACUGCACUUGAGCAAACUCCACCAACCUCCGCCGCAGGGCCCCCGGCGUCUGGUGCUAAGAGUUCUGUCUCCAGUCCAGGUGAGUCGCCUCGGUCCAAUGACGACGACGAUGACUGCGAGAGCGAGGAUGACUUGAACAUUGUCCUGAACGAUGAGGACUGCAAGGUUGUUCCUAGAAAUGGAGCUGGAGGUGGCUCUGCUGAUGGCGAGAAUGGCGCCGACGGUGAUGAUUAUGAUGCGUUCAAAAGACCUUCUGGGUUAGCAUUUCCGAGCUCUCUGAAUACGACUGGAUCAGACGGAGUCCCGUUGGAAGAUAAUGGGGACGAUUACAAUAAGAACAUUAGCCAGACUUCUCGAUUUCGUGCUCCAGUCAGGUCUUUUGGGCCUCAAAAUGGAUAUAAUUUCACUCUUCCGCGGCACAGGAGUAUAUUUCAUGUCAAUAUUGAUGCUUUCAAGGUGAAGCCAUGGAGGUAUCCUGGAGCUGAUAUAACUGAUUAUUUCAACUUUGGACUUGACGAAGAGAGUUGGAAAGCAUACUGCAAUUCCGUGGAGCAAUUGAGGCAUCGAACAUCUUUCGGGACCAGAAUCCCAGUUGUUGAGGCUUUAAAUCCUAUAAAGGUGUGUGAAAGAGGCAUCUAUCAUGAAAAAUAUGUUCAAGUAGAGACGGCUGAUGGGGUUGCCCAAACUUUGGAGCAGUGCAUAAUUUCUCACUCAAAAGAACUUGCAGACAGGGAAGCCAAUGAGUUGAUGGAGGAAAAGGGGCAACCAAUUGAGGUUCAAAAUAGUGUUGGAGAACGCCAACCAUCCAUAGUUCUAAGACAUGCACGCACAUUCGACUCAGACGUUGUAAUAGAGAUUCCUUUGCAGAUUUUCCCUGAGGAACCUUCUUGUUCAGGACAAAAUGAUGUUGAGUGGCAACAGGGUAAUACCCUUGAGACUUCUGGACAAAUGGGAGUCCAUAUAGACAAGAACGAAGUAUCUGCUGAUUUUCUAGAAGACAAAACUAAAAGGUCAAAGGAUUUAUGCAGUCCUGUAAGGUGUACUGGGCAUAUCAAUGUGGUUAAGGUGGAUUCCAUUGAUCAUGACAUGGAAAAACUCUCCGAUGUAGCUUGUCACAGCCACAUCAACAUUCAAACUUCAGAAGGAAAUGUUGAAACUCUCAAAAGUGUGACUAUCAAUGGAGGGGUCUAUGGGAGUCCAUGUGUGGAAAAUCCAUGCUUGGUGGAGAAUGAAGCAUCUAUGGUAGAACGGACUAGACUAACCUUGUCUUCAUCUUUGUUCGAAAGUGAUUCUGAAGUUUCUAAGGAUGGUCUUUCUGAUGAUGUUGGAAGUGAUCAUAUUCACCUAAUAAGGUCACCAUUAUGUGAUAAAUCAGAUUACUCAGUUGAAUCGCAUCGCAAGCCGGCUAGAGUAAGAAAUUAUCCGAGGGAGAAAGCUAUGAAUCAAGAGGAAGAUUACCGUGAUAGGAGGCAUACAUACUCUUCUAAAUGGAAGACUUAUGGUGUGAGUGAUGGUGUUGCAUCGCCCACCUCAGAUUAUGGGACCCUAUCUGAUUCGGAUUACAGGCAAAUUGAUUGCAAAAGGUGGAGCGAAAGGCAACACUUCAUUGACCGUUAUAAUGAAGAACUUUCUUCAUAUUAUAGUACAAAAAGAGAAAGUGGUGUUGAAAUGUUGACUGAUAAGCGUGUUCGGAAUGUUUAUGAGGGAUUUUCCUAUAGUAAGUGUGAUGCCAUCUUACGAGAUGAAAUGUAUCCACGCUUUAGGAGACAUUUGAAUGAAAGGGAAAUAAAUGGUGGUACAAGAUAUAGUAUGGACAGAAAAGAUCAGGAAAGGGGUUAUACUCGCACAUGUAGAAAAUAUGCUGAUGAUAGGGAUUCCUUAUCUUCUAGGGACCGCAAGGUUUUGCAUUAUUUGCCGCAUGCUUCCAUAAGAACUCAUUCUCCAUCGGGAAUAGAUUCUGAAGAAAUCAGGUUGAAGAGUAGAAACAACAAACAUGAUCAUUUUUUGGGGCAUGAAUAUGACAAUGACAUUAUGCAAGAUAAAUAUGGAACACAUUAUAGGGACAGAGAUCAGGGUUCUUUGGACAGAAGCUACAGAAGAGGACUGUCUGCAAGUACAGAAGUGAACUACUUUAGAAAGAGAGAGGGUUAUAGAGGUGGAAGCCCAUUGGUUGGGGAUGGAUCAUGGGAUAUGGAUUUUGAAGAUGAAUAUCAGGGUUUUGUGGAUUGGGGUUCCUUCUCCUCCGAGCGAGGAAGAGACCCUCAAAUAGUUGAAAUGAGACGUGAUCUAAAGUCAUCAAUUGACGACUCAUAUGAUUCACAAUCAAUUAGAAGAUAUGGGAGAAAGAAAAGACAAUGCUUUGGUGAUGAAAGAAGCGACCCUGGUUUGUUUGGUUUUGGCCCCAGGUAUGCUGCUUUUCCCACAAGCCGGGGUUACUGUGGGAGAACGAGAAGCAAUGUGAAGUCUAAAUUUCAGCAUUUAACUGAGGAUGAAUCAUCUUCUAGGAAUCAACAUGAUGAACUUGAGCUAGAAGAGGCGUCAUCUUUUAACAGUAGGAUUUCAAGACAUGCAACAGAUCAGUUGAAAAAUUUCAUGAAUGGUGGGAUAUUUGACAACGGUAUGGCAGCAAAGCAAGGCCUGGAUAAAAUGAUGAGAGAAGAAAGUGACGCCUGCCAUGUAAAUAGAGGUUUUAUUGAUAAGGUUAUGAGUGAGAAGACAGUGUCAUGUUCUAAAGGCUCAGUUGACUUAUAUGUCAGUGAAGAAAAGUCGCCAAGAAGAUCUGGUAAAGUGAUAUGCAAUGCUAAUGAGGAUUCAAAAGUUGGCAAGAGGAAGGAGAAGGCUACAAAGUUAGAGUCGGUGAAGACUGAAGUGAACCAAGAUGAUGAUGGGAAAUGGAUCGACAAGUUCCCGAUAUAUGAGAAGAAUGGACAUUUAAAAGAAAUCGAGGAGGGGCAGAUUGAAGGGGAAGAUCCAAUUGCUAAUCAUGGCCUUGUGAGUAAGCAACUGUUUGAUCCCGAAAAGACACCGAAGAUUAGUGAGGGUAGUGAUGGAUUUGACGAGAAGAGGUUGCUCGAUACACUAGCGAAGAUGGAGAGGAGGAGGGAGCGGUUCAAAGAACUUGUAACUCAGUCCAAGGCACCCGAAGGGAAAUCGAAGGACCAAGUAGAUUCAAAGGUGGAGACAGCUGGGGCAAGGGCUGAAAGACCAGCUCGAAAGAGGCGGUGGGGCAGACUCUAGAGUUUCACUGUUUCAGUUAUGCUAACAACUCUCAUUCUUUCUUUACUUCAACGGGGUCCGGGUUGCCAAGUAGAAUCAUCAGGGUUCCUUCCGUAUUUGGCGGAGUUGUAUGAAAAAUUUUGACAAAAGUGUUCAGGUCCCGGCACCCAUCCGAUCUUGAACAUGGAAAAGCUCUUGUUAAGAUUCCGAUGCGACUACUGACAUUAGCCGAGGCAAUCUUGUAAACGAUUACUCGAAGUUAAUACUGCAAUGCCUUAGGUAAUAAAUCUUUGCA